UGGCUGGGUUUCCUGGCACCUGCAUGUGGGCAUCAUGGCACUCUUAACACCCCAGGGAGUGAAGAAAGUCUUCCAGUUCCAGAAGCCAGAAGGGCGGGAGUACUUGCGGAAACUGCUCAACUGGGGAGAAUUUGACGAGGUCAGAGACUCCCGCACCAGCAUCCUGCUGGACACCCUCUAUGACAGCCUCAUCUUUGCUGUGGGCAAAGGCUUCCCAUGGACAAAGGUUGCAUUGGUGGUCAGGUUCACUGAAGAGCUGCUCCAGGAAACCAAAGGUUGCUCCAUCACUGAGGCUAUAAUCGUCCUAGCGAACAAGCUCAGGGACUACCAGGAGCAAUUCAACAUGAUCCAUCUGCUGGCCCUCUGUGACUACUUCCACAAUACCUUCCUCCGCCACUACAAACUCUACCAGUAUGUCCUGGGCCAGGAUCAGGACGUCAACCUGAGCAUCGCCUACCUGGAUGUGUGCACCCCGCCCCAGCCCCUCCCGCUGUCUCAGGGCGUGGACCAGGAAGUCUGGAAACAUGAGCAGCAGGUGGCUGAGCUGGAUGCAGCACAGGUGCAGAAGCGCACCAACGUACUGCUCCUGAAGGAGGCACUGAAGCUGGAGAGAGAGCACAGGCUGCAGAAGAUGUUCUCAGGGGUACUGCAGCAGCAGCAGCAUGAGGGUCUGAGGAAAGAGCCCUGUUUACCAGACGUAUCCCGUCUCCUCCAGGAGUUAGAGAACCUCAUCAAUGAGGCCAUUCACAUCCAGAUCGAGUGCCUGAAGGAGCUGCUUCAGUAUGAGAUACAGAUAACCUUUGAUAUUCUGGACCUGAAACUUCAGAAAAAGACUUUAAAUCUCAAUGCUCCUGUUCCCUUCCCACUCUCAAUCAUGGGUCAACCACAACAGGAUGAACUGCUGAAGUCCACCAAAGCCAGCAAAGGGAAGAAAGGCAAAGCAAAGAAAUAGAAGGUCCCUGGUGCCCACUGACCCAUGACUCCAAGGAAGAGCCACUGGCAGGAGGUAUACAUGAGAACUCAGUACUCAAUGUAGCAGAGAUAUCUGGUUAUUAAAAGAAACAAAAGAUA